AUGAGCGUGGCACAAAAAUACAUAGACGAAGAAGAAAUGAACGCCAUGAAGGAUGGCGAAUGGAGGAUUGGCUCAGAUCGCGGGAGAGAUUCAAGACGCGACAACAAAGGAAUGGAUCGAACAGAUCGUAAUCCCCGGCGCGACCAAAGCAAGGAGCCGACAUACCAGCAAAGGUACAAAAACUACACCCCGUUGAAUAUGAUGAGAGCCAAGGUGCUAAUGAUGGUCGAGAAAAAUGAUGUUUUAAAAUGGCCAAAACACACGAGGUUCACUCCUGCCAAGAAGUAUUCCAACAAGUACUGCAUAUUCCACCGCGAGAAGGGGCAUGAUACGGAAGAAUGCUACCAACUCAAGGAUGAAAUCGAGAGGCUAGUACGUCAAGGAUACUUUAAAAAUCAAGUCGCUGAAAAUUCCCGAGAUAGAAACAACCGAAGUAGAUCUAGAAGUCAGGAGAGAAGACAGGACAAGGAGUUUAACACCCGGGAUCCCCGAAUUAGAGAAAAUGCACCUGUGAAAGACAUAAUCCACACUAUUGCAGGAGGAACCGAGGAUGCAGGGGACAAAGCAGGAUCGGGAAAUGACCCAAUGGUCAUCAAGCUGGACAUAGCCAACUUUGUGGUACACAAGGUGUUAGUGGACAACGGGAGCUCAGCAGACAUCAUACUAAAGAAAGUGCUAGUAAAGAUGCGACUAGAUAAUGUUAAGUUGGCACCCGUAAAAACUCCUCUAGUCGGAUUCAGAGGAAGCGAGGUAGAUUCGCUAGGAACUAUCGACUUACCAGUAUCCAUGGGCGAAGAACCAAGAAGAAAGACACUAAUGGUAACAUUUCUUGUCGUGGACACUCAUUUCGCUUACAAUGUUAUAUUAGGUAGGCCUGGAAUAAAUUCUUUCAGGGCCAUAGUCUCCACUUUUCAUUUAAAAAUGAAAUUUCCUACCCCAUUCGGGGUAGGAGAGGUGUCUUGCGAUCAAAGAGAAGCGAAGAGAUGCUAUAACCUGUCCCUGAAAAAGGGCGAGACCAACAAAAGAAGGAGGGUCGAAAAGUCAGACGACCAAUGGAAAAAUAAAAUGGUAGAGAAGGAAGUGGAGCGAAUCGAGCCAAUCGAGAAACAUAAAGAGAUAGAGCUGGUACGAGGGGAACAUUCGAAGACUACUAGAAUAGGGUCGGGAAUGGCUAGAGAUCUGGAGACGCACAUGAUUGCGUUCCUUCGCAGCAAUGUGGACAUAUUUGCCUGGGACCCAUGA